GAUGCUUUGAAUUGUCCAAUGAAAUACAAGUUCAUGGGUUUGGCCUCUCAAAAGAGGCAAUCAGAUGAUUCUUGUAUCUUUUUGAAAAUUAGCAUAGGGCAGUAAAUAAAUAUUGCUAUAUUGCUCCUGAGUUUACAUUGCUCUGUACAGUUUGUGAUCAAGCAGCAUCAUGCCUGAACCAGCAAAGUCCGCGCCUAAGAAAGGCUCUAAGAAGGCCGUUACGAAGACCGCCGGUAAAGGAGGAAAGAAGCGCAAGAGGUCCAGGAAGGAGAGUUAUGCUAUCUACGUUUAUAAAGUCCUGAAGCAGGUUCAUCCUGACACCGGUAUCUCUUCCAAGGCGAUGGGCAUCAUGAACUCUUUCGUCAACGACAUCUUCGAGCGCAUCGCCGGUGAGUCGUCUCGUCUCGCUCACUACAACAAGCGCUCCACCAUCACUUCUAGAGAGAUCCAGACCGCCGUGCGUCUGCUGCUGCCCGGAGAGCUGGCCAAACACGCCGUGUCCGAGGGUACCAAGGCAGUGACCAAGUAUACCAGCUCCAAGUAGAGAUUCAACCGAGACUAUCAGCGACCCAAAGGCUCUUUUAAGAGCCACCAA